AUGAAAGUCCUCAGUUAUAUUUUAGUUUAUCGCCGGUUUCUCCUUAUAGUUUUCACUCUGUUGGUUUUACUGCCAUUGCCAAUCAUCGUUCGCACCAGGGAAGCAGAAUGUGCCUACACACUCUUUGUCAUUGCCACGUUUUGGAUUACAGAAGCUUUGCCUCUGUCAGUCACAGCUUUACUGCCUGGUUUAAUGUUUCCAUUGUUUGGGAUCAUGACUUCUAAGAAGGUGGCAUCUGCUUAUUUCAAAGAUUUUCACCUACUGCUAAUUGGAGUCAUCUGUUUAGCAACAUCAAUAGAAAAAUGGAAUUUGCACAGAAGGAUUGCUCUGAGAAUGGUGAUGACGGUGGGUGUGAACCCAACAUGGCUGACAUUGGGGUUCAUGAGCAGUACCGCCUUUUUAUCGAUGUGGCUUAGCAACACCUCCACGGCUGCCAUGGUGAUGCCCAUCGUGGAGGCCGUGGCGCAGCAGAUCAUCAGCGCCGAAGCAGAGGUCGAGGCCACUCAGAUGACUCAUUUCAGUGGAUCAGUCAACCAUGGACUGGAAAUUGAUGGUAUCACAUAAGGUGUUGAAACAAAUGAGAGGAAAGAGAAAACAAUACCAGUUCCAGGAUACAGUAAUGAUGCAGGAAAAAUUUCAAGCAAGACGGAGCUGGAAAAGAACUCAGGCACAGGAACCAAGUAUCGAACAGAGAGGGACCACAUGAUGUGUAAACUUAUGUGCUUGUGUAUUGCUUACUCUUCUACCAUUGGUGGACUGACAACCAUCACCGGCACUUCUACCAACUUGAUCUUCGCUGAGCAUUUCAAUAUGCGCUACCCUGACUGUCACUGCAUUAACUUUGGAUCAUGGUUUAUGCUUUCCUUCCCGGCUGCUAUUAUUAUUCUAUUAUUGUCCUGGAUCUGGCUUCAGUGGCUUUUCCUAGGAUUCAAUUUUAAGGAGAUGUUCACAUGUGGCAAGACCAAAACAGCCGAACAAAAAGCUUAUGCUGAGGUGAUUAAACAAGAAUACCAAAAACUUGGGCCAAUGAGGUAUCAGGAAAUUGUGACCUUGGUCCUCUUCACUGUAAUGGCUUUGCUGUGGUUUAGCCGAGAUCCUGGGUUUGUCUCUGGUUGGUCUGCGCUUUUUCCCGAGUAUCCUGGUUUUGCUACAGAUUCAACUGUUGCCUUACUUAUAGGAAUCCUAUUCUUUCUUAUCCCAGCUAAGAGAUUGACUAAAACUACACCUACAGGAGAAAUUGUUGCUUUUGAUUAUUCUCCACUGAUUACUUGGAAAGAAUUCCAGUCAUUCAUGCCCUGGGAUAUAGCCAUUCUUGUUGGUGGAGGGUUUGCCUUGGCAGAUGGCUGUGAGGAAUCAGGACUGUCUAAGUGGAUAGGAAAUAAAUUAUCUCCUCUAGGUUCAUUACCAGUAUGGCUCGUCAUUCUGAUAUCUUCUUUGCUCGUCACAUCUUUAACAGAGGUAGCCAGCAAUCCAGCUACCAUUACCCUUCUUCUCCCUAUAUUAUCUCCAUUGGCUGAAGCCAUUCAAGUGAACCCUCUUUAUAUUUUGAUACCUUCUACUCUGUGUACUUCAUUUGCAUUCCUCCUACCAGUAGCAAAUCCACCCAAUGCUAUUGUUUUUUCAUAUGGCCAUCUAAAAGUUAUUGACAUGGUUAAAGCUGGACUUGGCGUUAAUAUUGUGGGUGUUGCCGUGGUGAUGCUGGGCAUGUCCACGUGGAUCAGGGCUAUGUUUGACCUCUCUACUUACCCUUCUUGGGCUCCUCCAAUUAGUAAUGAGACCAUGCCAUGA